AUCGCUAGCAAGGAGGUGGACAUAUCUGGGUGUAAGGCAUUUAUCUGUGAUAAUUAAAUUUCGGUUAACUUCGCUGUUAUCAUUCUUGGUCUAGUAAACAAUACGCUUACGUAUAAAAAAAUUAUGACAACUGUUUGGCUGUUGGGUGCAAUACAUACAGAAUUAUAUUACGUGCGUUAUAUACAUCAUAAUCCGUCGGCCAUAACUUAAGUUAAGACUAAGUCGUAAGAUGUUAAGUCAAGUAACUCACCAGAGUCACAGUCACGACUGGAGGAUAAAUAUGGAGUUGAAACAAAGUUGUUGUUUUUCUGUGGUCGAAGGAUAAGGUAUGCCAUUUUUGUGCUCCCAAUCACCAUUGUUUACAAGAAUAUUUAUAAAACUAUGAAAAAGCUAAUAUUGCAGUUGGUAUUUGCUGUCUUGUUUUAUAAAGUAGAAUGUUUACAAUGGAACAUUCUUGUUUUUGGUGGCAAUGGAUUCAUUGGAUCUGAGUGUGUUAAUGUUCUGAAGAAAGAACAUAAAGUUACUCUUGUAAAUCGUGGUACACUUUACUGGGAUACAGAAAAGCGUAUCUUACCUUACAUAACUCAGAUUUCUUGUGACAGAAAUGUAGGACUAGAGAACUGUGCAAAAUUCAUGCAAUAUUUAGAACAAACAAGCAAUAUUGAUUUUGUGAUUGACUUUAGUGGGUACCAUCCUGAUAUUAUUCAGAAUGCAUGUAAAGUGCUACAAGGGAAGGUUGGUACUUAUAUCUAUAUCAGCUCAGAUUCUGUAUAUGAAGUAAUUAUAAAGAACCAUACCACUCCUUCAAAAGAAACAGAUGCUGAAAGACCAAGUUCUAUUAAAGAACAGGAACGACUCAACAGUUUAGAUCCUUAUGGUCAUAGCAAGCUAGCUGGUGAAGAAAUUCUAAGAAAGCAAAGGGAUGAAGGAGGUUUCCCUUUCAUCUUUUUGCGACUACCAGAUGUCAUUGGACCAAGAGACACUACUAAAAGAUGGUGGACAUACCAACUAUGGCUUCAGUUAGUGAACUCAACUGGUAGACCUAUUUUAAUACCUGAAAAAGUUAUGAGCAUCACAUCUAGUCUAGUCUUUGUGAAGGAUGUGGCUAAGAUCAUGCCUAAGGUGUUCGAGUUAGCUGCUGAGAAAGAUGCAGCUGUGUUGGACCAUUCUUUUAACCUUGCCUUCUCUGAGCAUUUUACAGUGCGAAUGAUCUUGGAUAAAAUGCAAGAUAUUCUUGGCCUGCGUGGUGUUGAGUAUCAGUAUGUUAAAAGUGAAGAUACAUUUGAGAUAUAUUCUUCUGUAUUCUCUUUUCACAUAUUCCCUUCUGUAUUUCAAGGACCAGUGGAUAUCUCUUCUGCUGAAAAAGUUUUAGAUUGGUCACCUACACCUUGGAAUAUUGCUGCUGUAGAUACUAUAAACUUUUAUGUUCAAGCCUUCCAUUGUUUUCCAGAAGAGAGAGAUGUAAUAGUUCAUCGACUUCUAACCCAUGUAGUUUCUCCAUCUCAUAGAGACAUUUUCUUAGAAGCAGUUGAAAAUAUGACUAAAAAGGGUCUUCCAGAUGGCUUCUCUUGUGCUUACGACUUGAUUGGUACAUUUCAUGAUGAGCUGUAAUUUUGUAUGACCUGACUAAACUCAAGAAAUAUUUGGCACAGAAAAUAUUAAGUGUAUGUCAACACAUUCUUCCAGAAUUUUAACUAUUCUGAUUGCUAACUUUUCUAAACUAUUUUUAAGUACCUAACCAUAUUUGUUAAUAAAUCCUGAUAUCUUAUACAAAUAAAAAUGUUUAUCUAAAGACAA